AUGUCCUACCCAACCCUGGCUCCCUUUGUCGUCAAGAGGCCCUGGCUGCACAGUGCCCUCAAGCCUCUCGCCAACUGGUACGCCAAUGCCUCUGGCUAUCGACAGCUCGGUCUCCGUGCCGACGAUCUCAUCCCCGAAGAGAGCCCUGAGGUCCAGACCGCCCUCAAGCGUCUAGCCGACAAGGAGCGCUACGACCGCAUCUUCCGCAUUCGCCGCGCCGUCCAGUGCAGCAUCUCCCACAAGCUGCUGCCCAAGCAGGAGUGGACCAAGCCAGAGGAGGACACGCCCUAUCUUCUACCCCUCAUCAAGCUCGUCGAGGCCGAGCUCAAGGAGAAGGAUGCCCUCGACACCCUGACCGUCCACAAGAGCCACUAG